CCCUAUUAUGUAAAGCCUUGAAACCCUCCAAAUGUGACUUGGAAAUUGCAACCAAAAAACAAAAAAAGCCAAAAUCGAAGUUCAUCAAGCUGUUUUCCGGCGAGCUUAAACAGCGGUUUGCCGGUCGAAUGGACCCUCUUUUGGUUAAUAACCAAACCGAGCCAUGGACAAACGAGAAGCACCUGCACUUUUUGAACUCAAUGGAGGCCACCUUUGUCCGCACAAUGCUCGAAAAUAACGGUCGUCACCUCCGUCUCGACCGUUACUUGCCGGACAGCUCGGAGUCUACUCUAGAUUUGAAAUCACAGACACAGCGACGAAAAAAGCAUACCACCUCAGAUAUGGUUGGUCCAACUCCAAGAACCAGAGGGGAUGGCAGGAGCGACAAGAGAACAAGGAGAAGAUUAUCAUCUCAGAGCCACGAUCUCUCUCAAGAUCAGGUGGUCCCGCAGAUUGACAACAGAGCUGGUGAUAAAGAUGAAAGUGACCCUACUAAUGUAGCAGUGGCAUCUGCCCAUUGAGAGAGAUUCUUUAUCUCUCUCUUUUCUUUUCCAUUUCCUCCUCCUUUUUAUGUUUUCUUUGUUACCUCUUUAAUUAGUUUAUUGCUAUGGUUUAGCUGUCA